UACAGUUUUACAGACUUUCCUUGAAAGGGCGGUGUCAGCUUCUCUGGAAGUGGCAUUUGAGGUUCACAAAAGAUGUAGUAGUUAUUUUGAGGACUUACUUGCCAAGAAAAUCCUGUGGUUGGUUUAUACUUCUGUCUUCAGUUCUAGGCAAGUGUGGGUUUGCUGGCAUCUCCAUCAGAGGAUUCUGGUGCUGGGGGGUGGUGCUGGGCAGGGAGAGUCACCCAGCAGGUUGAAUCAUCUGCCUCACAGACACCCCUGGAUUCAGUUUUACUUCUCUUUAUGUGAAACGGAAACAAACAGCUCCACAGUAAGCAGGGCAAGAGAGUAGCCAGUGGGCAAUGAAAACUCUCAAAUUCAAGGACAGCAAGAACAUGAAAGAGAUUUUCAUCCUGCUGCUGUAUCUGUAUUUGGUCUUCAGUGUUCAAGCCAUUCAAGAGAGUAUCCCAAUGAAAAGCUUGAAGUGCUACAAUGACUACAGCUCACAGGUGACUUGCACAUGGAUGGAGCAUUCAAAGGCUCAUGACCUUGUUGGUAUGAUUCUUUACCAAAGGGAUAAUAUUGAAAUGGAGAACAAGGACAUGUUUUGCAAACGCCAGAAAGUAAAUGACUUGCAGGAAACUCCAGAUGUGUAUGUACACUGGGUCUGCCACAGGACUACAAAUUAUUUUGGAAUAGGGGUAGAUGAUAUUUAUGGCUUCAGACCUAAAAAGGUUCUUCAAACAGAACUGGAUGUUGAUCUUUUCCAAAAUGUUCAGCCUCUCCCACCUCAAAACCUCUCAGUCAGCUCAAUGACCUCGGGGGACUUCCUGCUGACCUGGAAAACAACUGAUAGAAGCCAAGGGCUGGAAAAUGUACUGGACUAUGAAGUCACUUACAAACGAGAGUGGGAGUCCUGGGAGGAAGCUGCCUCGCUCUUGCUCUCCAACACCACCCAUUGCAGUCUCAGCCGUGAGGACCUUGUCCCAGGGAGCAGCUACGUCGCCCGUGUGCGAGCCAGACCAGGGCAGGCCAGCAGCUUCUCUGGCCAGUACAGCAAGUGGAGCAUGGAGGUGUCAUGGAAGACCCCUGAAGGUGGCCUCCAGCCCAGGAACCUUCGCUGCCUCUUCAGUGGUGGAGAUCGUCUGACGUGCAGCUGGGAAGUGAAGAAAGUGAUCACCACCUCUGUCCUCUUUGGCUUGUUCUUCAAGGCCACCCCAGCAUCAGAAGAAGAGGAGUGCUCUCCUGUGCAUGAGAAGACUUUGCCCCACACCCCAUAUGUGGUACAGAGCUGUGAGAUCCCUGUUAGCAAUUCUAGCAGCCAGAGCCAGUACCAUGUAUCUGUCCGGGCCAAGACAGAGGACAAGCUGAUUGAAGCCUACAAAAACAUUCAGGUGCUGCCACCCGCAAAUGUGUCAGUAACAGCAACAGGCAACCAAGAGUAUGAACUAACGUGGAAAAAACACCGUUUGAAUUACAGCUCCAUACCACAGAGAUACCAAGUCAAGUACUGGGAAAACAAUCGAUAUGAAAAGACUCUCCAGGUGUUAAAUAUCAGCAAUGACGAACCUCCCUUCCUCUUCACACUGCAGAUGCUGGCAGCAUCUACAGAAUAUAGGGGGGAAAUGCGUGCAAGGGUGAAUAAGCCUCCAUAUGAGGGACCUUGGAGUGAAUGGAGUGAGGAGUUCACCUGGAAGACUGAGAGUGCAGAGGCAAUACCUGAUGGACGUAACGAGGGUACAGUUCCGUCACCUGUGGUUCUCCCAGUGACUCUCCCAGCUCUCAUCAUCGCUUUUCUGAUAGCUGCUUAUUGCAGCUAUAGGUAUUUCCUCAGGAAGAAGAAAAUGUGGGAGGAGAAAAUUCCGAACCCCAGCAAGAGUCUCCUGAUCCAGGGCUACCUGGGGAAAGGACAUUUGGGAAGUUGGCCAACAAGCAACCAGCUGGACUUCAACAAAUACAACCUUUCAGAGAAGAUGGAGCAGCCUAGCUUCCUUCAAGUUGUGGACAGGCAGGCGAAGACUUUGGCAGAGUGCCUUGAAGGGCAGACUAAGAAGACAGAUGUUUCCUCUGUUACACCAGACCUACAAAACUCAUACCAUGCUUUAAAUAAGUCAGAGCAUGCCCCAGUUGCCUGCUCAAGUCAGAGAGCUGGUCAUUCCUCUUCCAUUUCAAGGAGAAACAGCACUGAUGCAAGUAUUGCUUCCCACACAGCAAUCCCUUGCUUUGCUUUCAAUGGUCCAUACUUGUACAGUCCAGUGGUGUCCUCUCACCCUGAUAUACACCAGACCCUGGAAAUGGACCCUGUGGGACUCAGUAUGAAAUCAGUUUCCCUUCAGUAUGUGACUCUCCCAAGGGAAGACUCUCCCCAGACCUCACAGAGACAAGAACAGGCAGAAGCAGUUCCUCCAAAGGAUGUGCUCCCAGAUCAGCAGGAAAUGAUGCAGCACCUCAAUGAUAAGGAAGAAGUCUCACAGGCCUCACCAGCCUGUGGAGAAGGCACCAACAAUGGAACACAGGAGCAGAGCUCUCCAAAGGCUCUCAGCUGUACCUCAACAGUGUCUCCUCAACAGUGCCCCUUGGAAUACAUCACCACGGAUAGCCUGCUACUGCCAUCAGCCAGUACCUCCACUCAUCCUCCACUCGUCACAGCUGAGGAAUCACCCUGUGGUUCACAGCAGCCCCAGCCUCCCAGUGACCACAUUUGCCAUGAGUCUUCUCUGGGGAAAACUGGUGUCAUGAUCCCAGUUUCAGGCCAAGCACCAACCUCAUCUCCUGAAUUGCACCUGGAUACGUUUGGUGACUAUCUUAUUGUCCCUGAAGGUCUCCAUCAACAUUCAAAGCCCACAAAGAUUUCUUUGCCUGUCUUACAGAAGAAAAAUAGUAUUCCUGGAAAGCAGCCUUUGUCAGAAGGUAACUUGGUGGUGUUAAACCCUGACAGCACUGAGCCAGUUUUCCUUUGCCAGGUUGGUGACUACUGCUUCCACAGCCUAAAAUCCAGUGUGAAGAUGGAUAAUAGUCAGGAAGAUCAACAAGUCAAGAAGCUUUCUGAAAGUAAGAAAACACUUGGGCAGCCUGUAUGUGACGAUGAAUCAGUCACGGGAAAGGAAAAGGAUGUAUGGAAGAGGGAAAAAAUACAGGCCAUUCAGCUUUUCAAAAACCUGAAAUCAGAUGAUUACUUUUCCUGGCAGCAAUCUUUGAGAAUCAAAGAAAUCUGUUAAAUGGGUAAAUGUUAAUGAAUACCAAAGAGACAGAUAACUGAAGGAGGUUGUAACUAUCUGGUGAAAAUGAACCCUCAAACCUAGGAACAAAUAAACACCAGUUCCAUUUUCAAGAUUCCAGUCCAUCGCGUUAAAAAACUUGAAGUAGCUCAAUGUCAUUCUCAGUGGUCUUCACAAAUUUGGCAUGAAGGACUACACAAAUAUUGUAGUGUAGUGUCGUGUUUUUCAAACUUUUUGGCUUAUCCAUGAUGAUCAGUUUAUCCUCCUGAUCCUGUAAUAUGUCACAAUCAUAUUGCAAUUAUAUCAGAUUCCUUGGCAAAUCUUGUGGCAGGAAAUGCAGACUUAAUGUCUUGAAAGGCUAUCAGAAGAAGACAAGCUUAAAAACCUUGGAAAGAAAAGUUCUAUCCUUAAAAUCAAUUUUAUUUAAUUUCUGUGCACUUAUAAAAUAGCUGUAAAAGUCACCAAGGAACUUCUAUAUCUUUGCUUUUCCACUAUGGCUUGAAAUAGGUAUUGGCUAAGGUGAAAAAACCCAGAGACUUAUAGAAGUGUAAAUAAAAAAAUGAGAAAAAAGUUGCUGAAGUCCAGGAGAAUUUUCUUAAUGUUAAUGUCCAGUCUAUCAUAGUGGAUUCAGAGGAUAACAAAGAAACAUUACUGGGAUACACAAAGCAAGUUGUAGAGAACCAUAUGGAAGAAAUAUUACUGAAAGAAGAUCCAAGGGCUCCUAAGGUUCAGUGAGAGGGAGUGGGACAGAUAACAGAAAAUGGCAGGUAAGAGAUGCUGGGAAGGUGCACAAGCCUGUAACUGCUGCAGUUUUUCUAUUUCUAAGUGUUGAAGUACUACAUGAUUUUCUUUUACAUUCAUUGACAGUUUAUGCAUUAUAUACUUCAUCCUAAAGUGUAAUUGAUUCUUAGUUUGGUUUUUUUUUUUCCUCAAAUAAUGAGAGUUGGGAAAGAGUAGACCUUUUUCCGAGUUUUGCUUUAUAGAAAGUGGUGCAAGGGAAGAGUAUUUGUUCAAAACUGCUACUCUGCAAUCAGUGAAAAGACUUUGGUUUCAGACCUGAAGGUAGACUUGACUUUCAAAAGACCAUCUUUUUUUUCAAAUAUAAAAUCUGCAUUAAUAAACAUAUUAUUUCCUCCUAUAAGUAUUUUGUUUCAUAUAUUAAAAAUAUUGUGUUUACAAUAAAAUUACUAUUAGCUCA